AUGUCGGAGGGAAAAAUAACCACCAAUAUUCCCAAAAAAGCCAAGAGACAACGAAUAACGGCAGAAGCUGAAACGAACACUUCCGCUCCUACUGCUACUUUUGGUAAAACCAAUACUCAUGUCCCAAAAUGGAAAAAAUUUCUAAGUCUUAAAGACCAUAAUAAAGACAAUAAUAAAUACAAUAGUAACAACGUGAGUAGCUUAUCUAGAAGUAAUAAUGAUAAUAAUUUUACUGAAAUAGCAGAUAUCGAAUCAAAUGAAAUCUCGGAGAUAGAUAGUCCUUUGGUCCAUGAAAAUAAAAAUCAGCCUUCUCUUGAGAAGGGGAAUUCAUUAAAAAAGAACAAGAAAAAAACCGAGUUUAAAACAGUCAGUGAUAACGAAAAAUUAGCGGAAAAGGAGGAACAUAAGGAUGGCGCAGAUACUCAAAAAAGCGACACUUUAUCCGCGGAGCUGAUGACAUCAGGGUUAAAGAUUCCGGAGAACGCGAGUGAUUCGUCAAAAGCAGCACUUCGGUAUUUGGCCACCUGGUAUCUGCACCGCCAAUCUGUAUGGAAAUUUCAGAAAGUACGGCAAGUUUGGCUACUUCAACAUGCGUAUGAUAUAGAUAAUGUUCCCAACGAAUUUUUUAGAAUUUUUCUAGAGUAUAUUAGUGAUUUAACUGGCAAAGCACGUGGAAAAACGAUAAAAGAGGCGCAAGAGAUUUUAGAACAAUUCGAGAAAAA